AUGACGAGCAUCAUCAAGAAUCAACUCGUCAAACAUCUAUCAAAAUUCGCUCGAAAUCUCAAACCCGAACAGAUCAGUCUCGAUGUGCUCAAAGGGAAAUCCGAGUUGCGCAAUAUUGAGCUGAAUGAGGAAGUGCUCACAGAGGUAUUAGAAUUACCGAUAUGGCUGAAGAUUAAGAAAGCGAAUUGUAAUCGAGUGGCGGUGAGGGUACCGUGGACAAAUUUGAAAUCAAAGCCGGUGGAAUUGUUUAUCGACGAGAUCACAGUGAGCAUCGUUUUGUCAGCAGAUCGUUCUCCAUCAACUUCUCGAAAACCUUUUUCCGACGCUCAAGACACUGGUUCUUAUGGAUUUGCAGAGAAAAUCGUUGAAGGAAUGAGCAUUUAUGUAAAUACUCUCGAAAUCAACUUUGAUUCCGGUGCUUUUGGCGGGUCUUUCAUGUUAUCACGUCUUUCUGUGGAGUCACGAACGCCGGGCUGGGCCCUGACAAACGAUUUGAGAAAAACCCGGCUUCACUGCCAUACAACGCAUCGGGUUUUGUGCUAUAAACAGGUAUCCUGGCAACUUCUGCGAAUCGAGGCCUCCGCUCGAACUGAAGAGACUCAGCGACGAAAUAUCAACGCGCCACUUCGACUCAUCACAAGCGGGGGAAAGAUUAGGAUUUGUCUCAAGAAAAACUCGCAAAAUGGAAAUGUAAUUCAUGCUAGAAUUUCGAUGCUUCUUGAUGAUAUUCUCUGGGUGGCCACUCUUCCGCAAAUUCGUUCAGCUAUUGCCUUUUACAGUCAUAUGAUGAAGCUAGUUAAUGCAGCUGAAAAGGCAGCUCCAUCAAUUCCCGUUCCCGUUCCAUCAAAAACACAAUUAAUCCCAUCACCCGAACCCCAGCAAAUCCAUGCGGCCGCUAACUCAAUGUUCCGACGAUUAGAUCUUGAUCAAACUUCCUAUCAUUUACAAGUGAAAAAGAUUGAUUUACAUUUAUGUGACGACAAUCUGAAUGCUGGAAAUUACCCAAAAGAUUGGAAUAUUGAGGCAGGAGCUAUGCAAGUGACACUGCACGUUUUACUCAUUGAUGUUUAUCCAAAAACGUUGGCCUCAUCAGACAGAUCACACUGGGUUCGUUACACAUCACCAAACUCAGCCACUUCAUGGAUGGGGAACAAUUUGAAGCACCAUUUUGCGAAGAUUUGCGAGGAAUUAGAUGAAACAACGCGAAUGCGAGUUCAACGAUCGUGGCCUGAUUUGAUGUCAUUCAACGUGGUCGUUCGAGUUUAUGAUAUGGUCAUUCAAUGUGUCUCCGAUAUGCGCACAAAGAAAGAGGAAUUGCAGAAUAUGUUUACGUCGGAUAGGAAUUCGAAGAAAUCGUUACCAAGUGAUCAAUACAUUCUGCAUGCCGAAUUUGCCAAUUUCUUUCAUCCAAUGACCGACCAUUUACCAGUCCCGCCACCAGCAACUUUCGCGCAACUUGGCCCAUUUUCUCUUCUUUUCGAUAAGCGGACUUUACGAUGGAUUCUUUUUGUCGUUGAAAAUCUCCAAAGUGCAAUGAUCGAAGCCGAUGCUCCCUCAAUGGAACCGAUGCCACACACUGACAUUAGGAUCGAUCUUUUGAUGCCAAAAGUGAUAAUACACUUGAGUGAUCCAAAAUUGGAUGCUCGUUUGCCACAUCGAUUAAUCGUUUCUCUUUCUACAGUGACUGCUUGCAAUAAUCCUUUCGAUGUGAUUCCAACCGGAUUUUCUAGAAUUGAUACUAGGUUAAUUGAUUAUGUCACAAAUACGGAGCUUCCUGAAGGGAAAACCGCUUUUCGAGGCGAUUUACUGCAGAUGAACAAUAAGCAGACAGUGUUUGGGAUUGCAGAAGGAAUGCAAUGGUGGCUGAGAACAUCUCCUCUUUGGAUUGACACCGAUCAUGGAGAGUUCUCAAGAACAGUCCCUCUAAUCUCCGAUGUCUGUUUCCAUGCCUCAAUCACAACAAGAAAAGAUCAAAUCAAUGUCUAUGUUGAGCCACAAACUGAAGUCACAGCGUUAGUGGAUCAUUUUCAAUUCUUGCAGUUGACACGAUUAGGAGCUGAGCUUUCAGAUUUCGCCGAUCUCAUCAAAGCAGAUCAGGGUUUCUUCCAAAAAGGCGCUCCAGUGAAUGCUCCGAUUAUUGUCGUCUUAGUGGCAAUUAAUGAGGUGAGAGCGAAACUCUUGUUAACCUCUGGUCCUCUUCCCAGCCCAUAUGAAACGAAUCAAGCCUUCCCGCAAAACAAUUUUGCUGAUGAUCUUUCAGUCUCAAAAAAAUGGAAUGCUGAAAAAAUAUGGAGAUCGGAGACAAAGAGUUAUCAAGAAUUGGGAAAA